CGGAUCCAACUUGCACUAGGCGCGGGCCCACGCCCUAAGGGGUUAAACCUUUCUCAUGUUACCGAGCGGCUUAUAAGGAGGGGGAGGCCAAGCCUCCGCCUUAUUGGGAGCCUUUUGGGGUUUAUUCUCUUCCCUUCUAACUUGGUUAAGAAUGACCCAAAAGAAAUCACAGCUUUGUUCCAGAACCAAUGUCGAUACUCAAGUGCCUGAUGGGGGAUGGGGCUGGGCAAUAGCGAUUUCUUUUUUCUUUGUGGAAGUCUUCACCUAUGGCAUCAUCAAGUCAUUUGGUGUCUUCUUCAAUGACUUAAUGGACACUUUUAAUGAAUCUAAUAGCAGGAUUUCAUGGAUCAUAUCACUAUGUGUGUUUGUCUUAACAUUUACAGCUCCCCUGUCCACUGUGCUGAGCACACGUUUUGGACACCGGGUGGUGGUGAUGGCUGGAGGGCUGCUUGUUAGCACAGGAAUGGUGGUGGCCUCCUUUUCCCAGGAGGUUUACCAGAUGUACAUCUCAAUUGGCAUCAUCUCUGGUUUCGGGUACUGCCUUAGCUUCCUGCCGACUGUCACUAUACUGUCACAGUACUUUGACAAACGACGCUCCGUGGUCACUGCAGUUGCUUCUACAGGAGAAUGUUUUGCUGUGUUUGCUUUUGCACCAGCGAUCACGGCUCUGAAGGAGAACAUUGGCUGGAGACACAGUCUCCUCUUCGUGGGCCUGCUGCAGCUCAACAUCGUGGUGUGCGGGUCAUUGCUAAGACCACUUAGUGUCAAAGGACUAGGGUCCCCGAAAAUCACUGCGCAAGAAAAUCGGAAAGAAGUGCAAUAUAUGCUUGAAAAUGAGAAAACGCGCACCUCAAUAGAUUCCAUUGACUCAGGAGUAGAACUAACUACCUCACCUAAAAAUGUGCCUAGUCAUGCCAACGUGGAGCUGGAGCCGAAGGCCAACCCACCACACAGCCUGGGCAAGACCAGAUCCAAGCAGGGCACCAGGAAAGCCCCAUUACUGGACUUCUCCAUCUUGAAAGAGAAAAGUUUUAUCUGUUACGCUUUUUUUGGUCUCUUUGCAACCCUGGGGUUCUUUGCACCUUCGCUCUACAUCAUUCCCUUGGGCAUCAGUCUGGGCAUCGACCAGGACCGCGCUGCUUUUUUAUUAUCGACGAUGGCAAUCACCGAAGUGUUUGGGAGAAUCACAGCCGGUUUCAUCCUCAACCGAGAGCCCAUCCGUAAGAUCUACAUUGAACUCAUCUGCGUCAUCUUACUGACUGUGUCUCUGUCUGCCUUUCCCUUUGCUACUGAAUUCUGGGGGCUCACAUCAUGCAGCAUAUUUUUUGGCUUUAUGUUCGGAACAAUAGGAGGCACCCACAUUCCACUGCUCGCUGAGGACGAUGUGGUGGGCAUCGAGAAGAUGUCUUCUGCAGCUGGUGUCUAUGUCUUCAUUCAGAGUAUAGCAGGCCUGGCUGGACCACCACUUGCAGGUCUGCUGGUGGACCACAGUAAGAUAUACAGCAGAGCCUUCUACUCCUGCGCAGCUGGCAUGGCAGUGGCCUCUGUGUGCCUUGCUCUUGUGAGACCAUGUAAAAACGGGCUGUGCCAGCACCACCAUGCAGGUGAAGCAAAGACAGAGAGUUACCGUGGGAAAGCUUUACAAGACAUACCUGAAGACUUUCUUGAAAUGGACCUUGGGAAAAAUGAGCAAAAAGUUCGUAUGAAAAUGGAGCCAGUAUGACCUGCUUUCCUACAGCAUCAGCCGUCCCACUGGCUGGGGAGGAAAAGGGGGACAGGAGGCACAGGGAAGUAUGCCUUACCCACUUUCAAAUCUACAUUUUAAAGGGAAUGUAUACGUGGAACACCACUACCAACAUCCUAUUUUUUUUUUCUUUUAAGUUUUCCUUUUUGCUUGUUUCCUAAGCCGAAACAAAAAUCACCACCCACUCUUCCAAACAUAAACCUGGCUGUAUUCAGUAGCAGUACAAAGAUACAUAGGAUUCUGCUUCAGAUUCCAGGUUUAAAAUAGUGACGUCGAUUGGCAAAGUGGUUUUAAGAGCUCUCGCAUGAAUUAAAAUACUAUCUUAUAAAAUGACAUCUGGCCCAGGUCAUUGAGAUGAAAUUGGCCAUCCAGAAAAAAAGAAUUAACUCAUUUACAAAAUUUCUCCUUUCCAGAAAUACAAACAACUUAUUUAAAACCCUUUGAAAAAUACUGAGGUUUUCCACUAACAAGUUAUGGCCUCUUAACUUUCUGGAUAUUCCAUGGAAAUCAAGUACAGUGUAAGACCAAACAUUUGGCUAUUAAGUGGAAAUUUUAAAGAUACAUAUAACUUGAACUUCAUAAAUGUGAAGAUGAUCACUUCUUUUUAUGGCCAGUCAUUACCAGAAGUAUUUCAAUAUAGAAUAUACAGAAUGGCAUUCAAAAAUGUGUUUCCUGUUGCUUUUAAUUAUUCAGAAAUAUGUGAUUGUAGUGUCUUUAAUUUAAACCACUAUUUAUUAUUAAGUUAUUCCAGGAUGAUGAAAGUAAUCAAAAGAAAGAAAACCUGAGACAUAAACAGCAUUCUGCAAUCCCUUAAAUGCCUCAAAGAAUACUUCUUACAUUGAAAAGUUACUGUCAUAAAAGGCCAAGUUGUAAUGAUCCUUCCAUUUGAUUAAAGGUUACAUGUGUUAUUUGAAGGGGAAAAAAACGAUGAAUGGCAAACCGCCUUAGCUUUUUUAAAUGAUUUAUUUUAUCACCUAAAAAUACCUGAUGAUCUUCUUUAAUCAGAAUUAUAUUUCAUUGAAUCACUGAAGCAUUUCUGAUUUUUUCUUUUAAAAAAAAACAUCUAACUGUUGAAGCAUUUCUGCAUUUCACAUGGGGUAGCAGAGACAUUUACUUUUACCAUUAAGAGUUACAAGUUAUAUAAUCCUCAUAUAAUCCCUGAUGGCUCUCUAAGUUUUCCGAGUUAUCAGGUAACAGGUCAUUGUUCUUUGGUUUUUGAGUUUUGUGUUUUUUUUUGAGUUACACUACAUGUAUAGAGUUUCUCAUUUUAGCAUUUUUAUGUAAAGGGCACGUGUGAGGUUAACAGGUGGGCUGCUUACUCACAUGUACUGAAUCUCACCGUACAGGUGAUGGUUGAUACUUGCUGCUCCAUCUUUAUUCAUCUUUACUGUUAAUUUAUGACAACUCAGGGGGAAAAAAUAUAACAGCCUAGUUUGGGUACAGGUACACACAAGCUUGAAUCUUUCUCUGCACUGAAAUGAAAAUGGCACAGUUCAUCACCACCUGCUACCUUUUAUAUAGCAUUUUAUCAGCCAUAGAAAUAGGACAAUCUGUAAAACUUUGGGGAUUGGGGGAAAAAAUGACAACGUGUUGGUCGAAAGCAGACACAACUAAAACACAGUGGAUGUAGCAAAUGCCUGUCACUGCUUGAGAAGGACUUGGAGCUUGUGGCAGUUUUGCAGACCUACAUGACUUCAGCACUUUACAACAUUUUUACUAUGAAUGUUCAAUACAAUUUAAUAUUUAUAACUGAUUUCUGAGCGACCUGCUCUAAAUCCAUUCUGUUAAAUGCAUGAAAAAAAAAUGUAUGCCAAUUUCAGUAUGUCAAUAAUCAAGGUUUUAAAUGUUUGGAAGAAAAUUAAAGCAGAAUUGCUGAUUUGUCCUGUAUUAGUGAAAUUUCUGGUACUUCUAGAUUUGCAAUAAAUGUAUGGCUCUUUUAUUUAAA